AAGAUGUGCCGUUGAGCAUCCCAAGUUUCAACACAAUGCCUGAAAUAAAUGCAAGCUUCGUCAGUUUCCCCAAGGAACUAGAACAUCUCAACUCACUUUCAACGCAGCUAUGUCCAUUGCUUUAUUUUCUCCCACUAUUCCUCACUUCUUCCAACCCCUCUUACCAGGCUUCCACCUUUCAAUCCCUCUUUCAUUUUUCAAGGACUACUUAAAGGGUCAAAUUAACUGUGAAAGUGCCGUCCUGAGAAGCUAUGGAAGAACAUGGUCAGUGAAGAUUAGAGACCGGAGAUUUGAAGAUGGGUGGCAAGAUUUUGCACGAGACCAUGAUUUACAUGUGGGCGAUUUCUUGGUGUUCAGAUAUGGAGGAAAUAUGGUUUUUGAUGUUGUGGUGUUUGAUACUAGUGCCUGUCAAAGACAAUAUCCACUAUUAGCUACCCAAACCCAACAAACCGCAAAAGAGAUUGGGAAACAACAUGAGAAACGGACAAGCACUUCGGUCACCCUUGAAAGCCCUCAUUUUGUGUCAAAUUUGACCCUUGAAUCCAUGAAAAGCUUCAGACUGAAUAUUCCAAGAAAAUUUGCAAGGUCCAAUGAUCUGGACAGAUCUUGUGAGACGGUUCUUGUUGAUGAACAAGGUCGGUCAUGGAUGGCAAGUAUACGGCUCAAAGAUUCAGACGGUCAAGUCUACAUUGGACGCGGUUGGAGAAACAUUUGCAUUGGAAAUAGCCUCGGUUUAAAGGAUUGUGUCAAACUUGAGCUCAUUGGAAAUGGAAUUACGCCUAUAUUUAAACUUUAUAGUAUGUUAAACAAAUCUUGUUUAUCAAUUCGGGAUUUGUUUUCUCCCAGUAUUACUGAUCAAACAACUCUUUUUGUUUUUCAGAGGUUGCAAGCAACUCAGAUGCCAAAAAGUUGCCUAAUUAUUUUGGUUCCAACGCUGGUUGUUCAGGAGGAUCAACCAUAAUUUUAGAAUGAAUAGCAAUUAAAUGAUAAACAGUGAAUCCUAAGCAGACAGGCCAAGUAAAAUGUUGUUUUGUCUUAUAUAUUUUGCACUGUGCUAUGAAAGUGAAAAGGUGUGGAAUUUGAAAUUAAUAUGUAAUUCUGUGCUGAUGUGUUAAUAAAUAGCUUAAAUAUGUUGCAAAACUGAAAUAA